CAAAGUGUGAUGUUUGGUUUUUUUAUAACCAAGAUAGGCAUUUUGGGAUGUAUGAAAAUUGAACAACUACUUUAGAGCUGGUAAAUGGAUUGAUGCAUUAUAGUAUAGCCUACUAUGAGUGAUAAAAAAAAUCCAACGAACAAGGAUGGUAAAGAAAAGAACAAAAAGAACCUACAAGAAAAGAGAGAAAAAGACAAGAAAGACGAACCGUCUGGUUCUAAAAAAAGCGUUAAUUGGGAUGAAGAGAAUGUGGAGGCAACCUUACACCCUGCGGAUAAGACCUACGGCCACAUGAAGAUAGACGAGUCCAAAACACCUUACGAGAAGAUACGACCAGAGGAUGGAAAAGGAGUUGAUCCACGGGAAUUAGCGGCUAAACUAGAAGCAGAAACUUCCAGAAACAGGGAGUCUCAGGAAGAACAACAGCAAAAGUCGUUUAAGGAGAAAAGAAAAGAACAUUAUUCAGAGUAUCAUGAGUUAAAAAAGAGACAAUCUCAACUACUAGAUGAUGAAAGUGAUGAUGACAACGAAGAAUCAAAUAACAACAAAACAAGUAAACAAAAAGGCAACAAGAAAUAGUUUGGUGGAACUAAGAAUGUGUAAAGAAGAAAGUGCUGAACAGAAAUCUUACAAUGUAUUGCUCAAUAAAUCAGUUUUGAGUUAUUA